CGCUUUGAAUCGUUCAGUUUUGAUCUGUACUUCGGCGCGGCUAUACACAACAAUCGAAUCCUGAUGGCAAAGAGCCAAAGUGUACCCUUUCUGCUGUUGGUAGUUGUGCUGUGUAGAGUGAAUGCACUACCCGUGACUGCAUAUUACAAGGAUAAAGGAUAUGUCGCGGUGUCUGUCGAGCCGAGAGAUAUUCUCGAACGGAAAUUAGCGAAUUCAUUCGCGUUAAAGCUCGAAGACUGCAUACGCAAUGUGGGUAUUGAUUCGCGCAUGCCAGCAAUAGUAUGCAAAAGCAAUUCGUUCAGCACGAUUGAUCGUCAGAGUAGUGGACAGGAAGCGGUUGCGUUAACAACAGUGGAUCGUCAAAACGUUCGGGAUUCAGACGAUCCAGAGCAGGCCCCAACAGAGGAACCAGAAGUGACCGAGGAACCACCGGUGACUGAGGAACCAGAAGUGACCGAGGAACCACCGGUCACUGAGGAACCGGAAGUAACCGAGGAACCACCGGUGACUGAGGAACCAGAAGUGACCGAGGAACCACCGGUGACUGAGGAACCGGAAGUAACCGAGGAACCACCGGUAACCGAGGAACCGGAACUAACCGAGGAACCACCGGUGACUGAGGAACCGGAAGUAACCGAGGAACCACCGGUGACUGAGGAACCAGAAGUGACCGAGGAACCACCGGUAACCGAGGAACCAGAAGUGACCGAGGAACCACCGGUAACCGAGGAACCGGAAGUAACCGAGGAACCACCGGUAACUGAGGAACCGGAAGUAACCGAGGAACCACCGGUGACUGAGGAACCAGAAGUGACCGAGGAACCACCGGUCACUGAGGAACCGGAAGUAACCGAGGAACCAGAAGUGACCGAGGAACCACCGGUAACCGAGGAACCGGAAGUAACCGAGGAACCACCGGUGACUGAGGAACCAGAAGUAACCGAGGAACCACCGGUGACUGAGGAACCAGAAGUGACCGAGGAACCACCGGUGACUGAGGAACCGGAAGUAACCGAGGAACCACCUGUAACGCAGGAACCGGAAGUGACCGAGGAACCGGAAGUAACCGAGGAACCACCGGUGACUGAGGAACCAGAAGUGACCGAGGAACCACCGGUAACCGAGGAACCAGAAGUGACCGAGGAACCACCGGUAACUGAGGAACCGGAAGUAACCGAGGAACCACCGGUCACUGAGGAACCGGAAGUAACCGAGGAACCAGAAGUGACUGAGGAACCGGAAGUAACCGAGGAACCGGAAGUAACCGAGGAACCGGAAGUGACCGAAGACCCAGAGGUUACCGAGGACCCAGAGGUGACGCCAACAGAGGACCCAGAAGUAACCUCCGGUGGGAACGAAACACCGCCCCCGAUAACAACCAUAGAUCCAGAAUCGACUACACGAGGUUUGGGAAAUUCACUUGGAACAUCAUGGGCGUUACUGUUCCUAAUAGCCAGUAGUUUUGUGAUGUUGAAUUUCUCGUGAUACCCGCGAAGCGAAGCAUAAAAGAGAGACAGCCCCUACGAUCAGUUUAUCAUCACCGCUGCCCGUUGCAGCUCAAUCAACCGAUUUAUCUAUCUGUGCUGAUCCUAGACCACCCGCCAGUUCCUACGCUGCGUAGUUUGAAAGAAGAUCCCAAAAAGUGACCUUUCUUUCUCUCUCUCUCUCUCUCUCUCUCUC